GCUCGCGUGGGCCCUGGGGGUGUUUAGCAGCCGCUGCCUGGCGCUGGGCAGAGGAGCUAUUUUCGACGAGGAGGGCUCGGUGCUUCUGUCGCUUCUGGUCUGCUGUCGGAUGCCAUGACAGACGUUCCCGUGGAUAGCGCGGCUUCGGCCAGGACCUCCGUGCCCGAAGGGCUGACUCUGGCUGAAGAGGAGGAGUUGAGAUCUGAGCUUGCCAAGGUUGAAGAAGAAAUUGGUACUCUCAGGCAAGUUCUGGCUGCUAAAGAGAGGCACUGUGGAGAGCUGAAGAGGAAACUAGGUUUGACUCCCUUGGAUGGAUUAAAGCAAAACCUGUCCAAAAGCUGGCAUGAUGUCCAAGUCUCCAAUGCUUAUGUGAAAACAUCUGAGAAACUUGGAGAGUGGAAUGACAAAGUGACACAGUCUGACUUAUAUCUUUCAGCCAGCAGCACACUGGAGGACUGGAAUGAAAAAUUAACUCAAUCAGAAGCUUACAAGAAGACCCAGGAAACCCUUUCCCAGGCAGGACAGAAGACUUCAGCAGCCCUUUCCAACGUAGGUUCUGUUAUCAGCAGGAAGCUUGGUGACAUGAGGAAUUCUGCAACCUUCAAGUCAUUUGAAGAUAGAGUUGGGAGCAUAAAGUCCAGAGUGGUGGGCAGCAGGGAAAAUAGCACUGACGGCCUCCACUCCCCCUCGGGAGCUGGAGACAAGCCUCCACAAGACAACGCUCCUUUCUAGACCUGCGACGCGGCUUUGCACGGCUGUGCACAACUGUAAGAGCGAGCCCCCUCCCUCCCAAAUCUUCACAACAGCAACAACAUGCGAAUCCAAGAAGGGGCUGAGAGCCAGUCUGGAGAGAUCCAUCGUUCAUUCAUAGACACUGCUGCUGGAUCUAAGUCAAAUAAAGAGAAUGCAAAGUUUUGUACACAAAUAAUAUUUUACACUAAAGUUUGUAGAUUAAAUGUAUCACUGCUGUCCUUUUGGGAGAGCGUGUAAGAUGGAGUUUCUUUCAAGUAGCUCAGAAAUGCCACUGGUAUAGAUAAAAGUUUUCCCUUGUCUGACAACUUGGAACAGAUACAUCGCCCUGAGCAGCGCGAGGAGGGCAGUUAUCGGAGAAGCCAAAUGCAUGGGCACCUUAGCUUCAGCUUCUGGCUGCGUUCUCCGUUCAGGGUAUGCCAUGCAGCUACUCGGUGAGCUCCCAGGCUUCUCCCGUUACUGUUUUCUCUGGCUCUGAUUGGAGUAGUCUGGUAAAUGGGGUAAAUAGUUGGGUUUUUUUCUGGGCUCCCAAAAGGGAAACUUCACUUAGCAGCUGCCUCGUUAUUACACUAAUGCUCUAGCUUUAACAAAACUAAAAAUCUUUAUUUUUAAAUGCAAUGAACUUUAAAGAAAUAAAGCUUAAAAAAAAAAAAAAGCUUCAGCAUCAUAUUAGGGAAAUGCUCCCUUGGACUCUGAAACUGAAUUGCAAGCCUUACAUCACCUUAUGCUUUACUUGUUCAUGGUUUUUUUUUUCUAUAGAGAAGACUGUAAGGAUUAUAAAGCUGGAUGUUGAGCACUGGAGUUUUGCAUCCUACAGUAGUAGCAGCAUGCUUGUAAGCCAGUCCUUGUGUUAAAUUUAGUGGUGCACUCCAUUUCCUGAGUGUAUGAAACUUGCUUCUCCCCUCUCGGUUUAUGCCUUCGUUCUUGGAGGAAGAAUUUCUGAAGGCGGCUAGCAACAGGGCCGGAUUAAAAAGGCCAAAGCUGUCUCUAGCAAUGCGGACACCAUGUUGGAGGGACUCUGCUCUGCUCUCUAUGGACUCCUCCAUCUGGUACAUCUGACUGUGACUGCAUGGGUGUUUCAGUUGAAAGCCCCAGCUCUAAUCUUGGUUUACAAAACUGGCAGAGAGUCAUGGAGCUCAACCAGUUCCCCCAGGGGCUGGAAGUUUUGCUCGUUUGAUGUCCAAUUUCAUUGCUCAGGAGCUGAAAAAUUCUGAGUUUUCUUCUAGAGGCCUGAUCUUAUUCUAGGCAAGGUGCCUCCACAUAGAAAUACCUAGAGCGAGCAAUUCUGUGCCUUAGAGGCGAAGUGGGACUUACUCAGGUCUUUAGACUUGCUUAUGUACAUAUCUGGGUAGUUCUAGUGGUUUAUCACCCUCGAGGGACUGAACUGUCUCCGACCCCUCUUUAGAGAAGCAAGUUUUGACACUUAUCUGGUGAUUAAGCUCCGUUUCCCCCACCCCUGCUCCCCUCCCUCUGCAGACCUGGGGACACAGGAUGGAAGGUUCGAAGGCAGAUGUACUAGGCAGUCGGUGGAGUGUAGCGUGUCAUUUACUGGCGCUCCUUGUUUGACUGAAACUGGCCUCCCUGCGAGGAACAGAGCCAGUGAAACGGGGACUGCUGGGCCUUGGGUAUUGGAACUGUUUCUCUAUACAGAUAAAUAGUGAGGAAACUUGUCAAUAAAGCAUUCCUUUGGGAGA